CUGUCCCCAUAACGCCGUUCCCCCGUCCCCCGGUGCGCCCGCCAGCGCCCCCCCCGGCCUCCGCCCGCCUGUCCCGGCGCCUCCCGCCGGCUGCCGCGGCCUGCCCGCUCCGCUCCGCUCCGCUCCUGCCGGAGGGAGCCGGGAGCCGCCGCCAUGUCGCAGGCCCCGGUGCGGGUUCUGCGGCUGGGGCUGCGGCCCUACGCCGAGGCGCUGCGGGUGCAGGAGCGCUGCAUGGGGGCGGCGCGGGCGGCGCGGGGCUGCGGCCCCGACCCCGUCCCCGGGCUCCCCGGGGAGAGCGUGGUGCUGAGCGAGCCCUCGGGGCCCGUCUACGCCUGGGGCCUGCGGGGCGCCCCGGAGGCGGAGGUGGCGGCGCGGCUGCGGGCGCGGGGCGCGGGGCUGGCGGCGGCGCGGCGCGGCGGGCGGAUCACCUUCCACGGGCCCGGGCAGCUCCUGGCCUUCCCGGUGCUCGACCUGCGGCGGCGGCGGCUGCCGCUGCGCGGGUACGUGGCGGCGCUGGAGGGGCUGGUGCUGCGGCUCUGCCGCCGCCUGGGCCUGGCCGCCGCCCGCGCCCUCCCGCCGCCCUUCACCGGCGUCUGGAUGGGCGACAGCAAGAUCUGCGCCAUCGGGGUGCACUGCGGGAACCACAUCACCUCCCAUGGGCUGGCGCUGAACUGCUGCACUGACCUCACCUGGUUCGACCACAUCAUCCCCUGCGGGCUGGAGGGAAAAGGCGUCACCUCGCUGAGCCGCGAGCUGGGGCGGCACGUCACCGUUGACCACGUCCUCGAACCCUUCCUCGACGCCUUCCAGGAGGUGUUCGACUGCACCUUGGUCUUUUCAGAAGACCCCGGGGACUAGGAGAGCUGCGACACCUUGGCUGGGUGUUUUGGCAAACCCUCGGCACGGCCGACGAAUGGCGCGGCAGCCGCCUCCGGCUUCAUUGCAAGCCAAGAGCUCUCGUGCCUUUGCCUAUGGAUUGUGCAUGAAUGGUGGCACAGAGGUUUGCGCUGUUGCUUAAACAUCCACCUUUCCAUCGGGGCUCCUCUCCCCAGCGCCACGGGUCUCCAUCCCUCAGCACAGACCUCUGAGGGUACCACAUCCCCGUUGCUCGCUGGGGAAAUGCCCAAACAGGCACUUCUGUGGGGUUUUUCUGCCUCUCUCCCUCAAAAAAUCCAAAAUUCAGGUGAACACUCGCACAGCCUUUGGACAAGAGCAAGAAGGACUGGUAGGUUGAGCAUCCUUCCCUUGUUGCUGCAUAAAAAGAGGCAGAUUUUGUAUAAAGAGAGUUGCUGUGAACUUUG